GUUGAACAUUUGAGCUACAAACACCUGCUGCCGCUGAAACAGCCAAUAGGAAUGAAGAAACAGCAACACUUCCUGUUUCACGAGGAGAGAUAUUAUUGUGUGAAUAGCAAAGGGUACCCCAUUAUGAUUUAGACAGCUUUUCAUUCAUUUCUACUCGCGGAAUGAACAGCGAGGACACCCCGCCUGCGCCGUUUGUCGGUUAAUGAGAGGAAGCUUAAGGUUCCCACCAUGCCUGUCUCCCUGCUAUGGGCGGUGGAUGUGUACGGGCGGGUCUACAGCCUGUCCACGGCGGGGCAGCAGUGGGAGCAGUGCCAUGAUGCCCAGAUGGAGUUUAAGCGGGUGACGGCAGCUCAGCAGUGCUGCUGGGGCAUCGCAUGUGACAACAACAUUUACCUGAAUGUCCACGCUUCGGACCUGCCAGUCCGCUACCAGGAGGAGACCUACGAGAAUCAACGAUGGAAUCCUGUUGAUGGUUUCUCAGACCGCUUGUUGCCAAGCGACCGCUGGCAGUGGAGUGAUAUCACGGGUCUGCAAAACCAACCUCUGGACAACUUCCGUAUUCCCUCUGACAGUUGGGAGUGGGAGGGGGACUGGUACGCAGAUGAAAACUUUGAGGGUGAGCCCACAGAGAAAGGGGGAUGGACCUACGCUAUUGACUUUCCUGCCACCUACACCAAAGACAAGAAGUGGAACUCCUGUGUCCGUCGCAGGCGAUGGCUCCGUUACAGGAGGUACAAAGCCAUGGACACCUGGGCUAAGAUCCCCCCACAGCAGACAACUCUACCAGAUCCUUUCAGCGACAUCAGUUGUGGAGGUUGGGAGAUCAACGAGGAGCCCAGGGGCCGGCUGUCAAUGUGGGCUGUGUCCCUGCAGGGCAAGGUGUGGUUCAGAGAGGGAAUCUAUCACCACAAUCCUGAGGGCUCUUUUUGGGAGGAAAUCCCUCUCCCCGGGGAGGUGGUCCAGAUCAGUUGCGGCCCGGGGGAUCUGGUCUGGGCGGUGCUGUGGGAGGGGCAGCUCAUUGUCAGGGAGGGCAUCAGCAGGGACUGCCCAAAAGGUACCUCCUGGGCGGUGGUGGACUCUCCCAGUCCGGAUGUGGGAGCCACACAUGUAGCAGUGGGAAACAAUGUUGUUUGGGCUUUGACCAAGGACAACAAAGUGUGGUUUAGACGUGGCGUGAACUCCCACAACCCCUGUGGCUCCGGCUGGAUCAGCAUGGUGGGAGAAAUGAUCAUGAUCAACGUCGGACUCAACGACCAGGUGUUGGCUAUCGGCUCCGAGGAUCGGGCGGUGUACUUCCGACAAGGUGUGACCUCUAGUGAAUUGAGUGGGAAAACCUGGAGGGCCAUUACCGUCCCCCGAGACGGAGACCGAUCCCACUCCAGUGCCAGUGCAGGUAGCCUGCAAAGUGCUGGAUGUUACUUCUGUGGUGAGGUGCGUGCUCAGUCAGUAGUGAGUGAUGUGGAAUCCGACACAGAGAAAGGAUCUACCGAUGGAACCAGUCUCCUUGUGGCCUCCAGUUCACCAGAGUCCUUUGUUGAUGCCCCCACAGACCACUCUGACCAACCUAUUGAAACCCCCAAACCCCGCAUCCCCAAAGUCACCAGCGACAGCUUCAUCUCUGAACUCGUCUCUGACCGAGACCCAGGAAAGACCUCAAGAGAGGGCGUUGCUGCUGGUCCAGCUGUUCUGGAGGAUGAAUCCCUCCCCGGAGAAGAAGAGAUCAAAGCCCCCUGUGUGGGUGUAGCUAUUUCCCCUAGCCAGUCUGGAGGUCCUCUUGACCCCCAGUGGAGUAAUGUGGAUCUAGAGGAGGCGCAGGGCCAUCUGGUCCAGACUGGGGCAGUGGUGGACUCAGCUGACACCUGCAGCUUGUCAUCAGUGGCCACAUACACUCUGGCCAUGGAGGACCCGUAUGGGGCAGAUGAGCACCCUUUGUGGGCGUGGGUCAGUGGAGGCGGCUGCUCUGUGGACAGUCACUCCCAACUCAGCUGGUUCAACUGCUCAAUGAACACUUCAUCAAUGGUCCAAUCAGUCCAGUCGAUGAGUCUGUCUGUCACCCCAGCCCAGACGGCAGCCUGGCGAAGACAAAUCUUUGAGCAACUCAGUGAGAGGACCAAAAGAGAGAUAGAUAAUUUUAGACAUUAUGAACAGGCCAUAGAAAAGUCUGUGUGGGUGAAGAAGGGAACCAUGCAGUGGUGGAGAGACUGGAAGCCACACAAGUGGAUAGAUGUUCAUUUUGCCCUGGAGCAGUUCUCAGGAUCAGAGGGCAACAAGGACGGCAUCCUCUUCAUCUAUUACAACUUUUAUGAGGAGAAGAAGUACCUGCAUGCCUUCAUCAAUGAGGUCACCAUCCUGGUUCCCGUGCUAAAUGACUCCAAACACACUUUUGCCAUCUACACUCCCGAGCGUACCAAACAGAGGUGGCCAAUCAGAUUGGCAGCAGCCACAGAGCAAGAGAUGCAUGAUUGGCUGGCGUUGUUGAGUGACUCGUGUUGCGACUCACGGUUGAUCCAGGGUCCUCCCUCCAAACAGGCCAUCUGGUCCCUCACUUGUAAAGGUGACAUCUUUGUCAGUGAGCCCUGUCCUAGUCUGGAGGCCAUGCCUUACCCCACACCCUGCGACCAGAUGUUCUGGCGGCAGGUUGGAGGUCACCUACGUGUGGUGGAGUGCAACAGUGUUGGUAUAGUGUGGGGGAUUGGCUACGACCACACUGCCUGGGUCUACACCGGGGGCUAUGGUGGUGGCAUCUUCCAAGGUCUGUCCAGCAGCACAGAUAACAUUUACACACAGGUAGAUGCCAAGAGUGUCUACAUCUAUGAGAACCAAAGGUGGAACCCCGUCAGCGGCUACACCAACAGAGGGCUCCCUACAGAUCGCUACAUGUGGAGUGAUGCAUCAGGACUACAUGAGUGCACAAAAACAAAUAUGAAACCCCCCUCCCCUCAGUGGACAUGGGUGUCUGACUGGGCUAUUGACUACAGUGUGUCCGGGGGGGCAGACAGAGAAGGCUGGCAAUAUGCAGCUGAUUUUCCAGCGUCAUAUCAUGGUUAUAAAACGCUAAAGGACUUUGUGCGUCGCAGGCGAUGGGCCAGAAAGUGUAAACUGACCACCACAGGACCAUGGCAAGAGAUUCCGCCUAUAUCACUGAGUGAUGUGACCAUUCUGCCGUGUGCAGCUCAGAGCAGCGUGGACCUGGUUCCUCUGUGGGCGAUCAGCAACAAGGGAGACGUACUCUGUCGACUGGGAGUUACCACACUGACACCUGCUGGAUCCUCGUGGCUCCAUGUGGGGACUGACCAGCCUUUCAAGUCCAUCUCCAUCGGAGCAGCCAGCCAGGUUUGGGCUAUCGCCAAGGACGGCUCUGCCUUUUACAGGGGAUCGGUUUCCCCACAGAGCCCAGCAGGAGACUGUUGGUACCACAUCCCUUCCCCAGCCAAACAGAAGCUGAAGCAGGUGUCAGUCGGGAGGACAUCAGUCUACACUGUAGAUGAAAAUGGUAACCUGUGGUACCGGCAGGGUGUGACCCCCAGCUACCCUCAGGGCUCCUCCUGGGAACACAUCUCUAAUAAUGUACGCAAGGUCUCUUUAGGGCCACUGGACCAGGUGUGGAUCAUAGCGGAUAAGGUGCAGGGCAGCCAGAGUCUGAGCUGUGGAACAGUGUGCCAUCGACUCGGUGUCCAACCUAUGGAGCCUAAAGGACAGUCGUGGGACUACGGCAUUGGGGGUGGAUGGGACCACAUCACAGUGAGAGGCAACUCAAUGGAGCCGCCCCGCAUCCGUCUUCCCUCUCUGACCGCCCCAGCCCCUCAGAGCCCCCUCCCUGUCAGCAACAUGAAGGUCAACGGCGAUGCCGUGGGAUGCUAGACACACACAGAAACACACAUUCUGUACAUAGCCAUCUUAAACCAGAUUACCUUUGUAGUAAUAUGUAGUUUGUAGUAUAUAGUUUUUGUUUGAAAGUACUUCUAUUUUUAACACUGGAGUAGCAGCAAUGCUGAUUCAAGUCCAAACUCUGGAAGACAGCCUUUAGUCUUCACAUCACUGCAGUCAGUGUAACAGAAAGUCAGGACUUUUGGACUUUGAGAAAAACCAUAAACUGCUGAGCUGAAUCCGUCGCCUUUUCUCUGAAGAUUUUUAAUCUUUUGACCCAAAUGUGGUUCAUUUUUACUAAACUGUGCGGGCAUUUCUGUCUAAUUUAGCUGUUUGUCUUUGGUCACUGACAUUGAACUUGUUGAACUUGAUGGUCUUAAUACAAUUUCCUUAUUUAUUUAUUAGGCUGUGAUGUUUCCGUUGGUUUCUGUAGUUUCUGUGAAGAGUACCUCAACUAAGGUUGAGUGAGCUUUAUUUUUUUAAAGGGAAAGAACUUGUCUACUUAAAUUACAGUUGCUUAGCUGCAGUCAGCUCCAGGGCUGCUAUUUCUUGCACAAAAUAAACAAUAAUGUUUGAUAUUAGCCUACAUGCAACAUGUUAACACAUGUUCAAACAGAGUAAAGCCAUGCCUAGAGUUCCACUGGAGCAGGCCGGAGGAUGUUUGAUCCCGGCUCCACAGGCGGAUUCACGCUUCUGCUAAUCUUACACAUCUAUAAAAUGUUAUACCACAGACUGCAGAAAUAAACAUGGAUGCAGCUUUAGUGUUUAGGUUUCUGAGAGGAAUUUUUGAAGCCUAAAUUUGGGUGUAUUGCAUGCAACAAUCCUGUCAAUUUGGAGACAGAAAAUCCAAUUUAGGGUUAUGUAGUGAAACCUGUGUGAAACUGAGUUUAGUGAGUGUGAUAGGCUGAGACAUCUGUAAAUCAGGGCAUACACACCAAAACAUACUGUAAGCUUCAGUCUGUUUUAUUGGUACAACUGAGACUGUAACUUCUUGGAAGGAAUUUGAAGGUUUUCCCAUUGACUUCAAUGCACUUGGGGUGUUUAUUUGGAGCCAGCAUGUAGCAGCUGGAACAAGACAGGUAAAUGAAGCCAGUGCAGACUGGCUUCAUUUACCUGUUCUGGUGGCUGCUUGCCUUGUAAAAACAGUUGGCCUAUGUUUUAUCAAGAUGUAAUUUUUUUUCUAAAAAAAAUAUAACAUUAUACUGUCAUGGAGUGCAACGGUUAGCGUUGUAAAUGAGGAAAGUGUGGAUUACUUUUAAACGUCUUGUGUUUGAAAUGCUGCAACUGAACCUUCCUCUUUCUCAGGAGCAUUUGCAUGCCAUCAACUUCCUGGUGGUAGUAGAAUGACUGAGUAAUUCAAAGAAAACCUAAAAAAAACACUAUAUUUUUGUUAUACAUUAGAAAACUAUAUUAUUUAAUAAGUACAGUGGUUGCUGCAAUGGUACUAAAUAAAUGUGGAGUAGGGUUUGCACAUCUGCCAAGAGCAGUUAAUUCAAAAUACAGUUUUUUUUUCUCCAUUAAAAUAAAUUCUUAAACACACUGAUGAAUCCUUUCAGGGAUUAAUGUAUGUUAACAGCUACCUAAAUUCCCCUUUAUCAUAAUGUACUGUCUAAAUAUAAUGCAGCCUUUGGAAAAGUGGAACGUAUACAGAGAUGUAUCUGUUUUAUCUGUGAAUAACUAACAUCAUACUGUGUUACUGUAGCGUGCGACACAUCAGUGCUGUUGACAUUGUGGAGUACAUUUUUCAAGUGUUGUGCAUUGUCAAAGUAACAAAGUAACCUCUAGUCUUUGUCAAUAAAUAAAUGUGUUUAUUGAUAAUAA